GAGUUUCUUGACAGAAUUACUGAGGAGUCUGACAAGGAGGAGAAACUGGGGCCACUGCAUGAUGCUGCAGGGAAGGGCAAAAUGGAUACAUGUCAGCACUUGGUGGAGAAUCUUGGGUUUGAUGUCAAUAUUCCUGCUAAUGAUGGCUCGGGUAAGACUCCUUUGGCUUGUUCAGUGUCGUGCGGCCAAGUUAUUGCUGUGAGAUAUCUUCUUCAUAAAGGUGCUGAUCUUAAUAAGCAAGAUGUCACGGGAUUUGCUCCUCUGCACUAUGCUGCCAAACGAGGGUACGAUGGAAUAGCACGUCUGUUGCUAUCUAGAGGAGCUAAUGUUGAUGUGAAUUCUUCUGAAGGGACACCACUACAUGUUGCUGCUGCGCACGGGAAGUUUGGUGUCAUGCAAAUUUUGUUAGAGCACCAUGCAGAUCCAGAUAGAGUUUCACCAGAUCAUUGUACACCCCUGGCUGAAGUUCUCUGUGCUGCUAAUGAAAAAGUUAAUGAAUCUGGUUGCUUAAAGUGCAUGAAUCUCCUAGUCAAGGCUGGUGCUGAUUUGAAUUCUACGGAUCCUGAUACUCCAUUAGUUAUAGCAACUAGCAAAGGAUUAACUGGGUGUGUUGAUUACUUAUUGGAGGUUGGUGCUGAUGCAAACAUUCGAAGCAAAGAUGGUGGCAGAAGGCCUAUAGAAAUUGCUGCAAAGUCUGGAAGAAGAGGUCUUGUGGAGAGUUUACUUCCUUUCACUUCGCCCAUUCGAACUGUUUCUGACUGGAGUGUUGAAGGAAUCAUUGCUUAUGCAAGAUCAAGACCCACGGAAGACAAGGGACAGGAAUCUGAUGAGGAUAGCAACAUUCAGCAGAAUUUACGCGAUGAAAGUGCGGUCAGGGAGGAUGCUGGUGCAUCAAGGGCCUGCACCAAGGAUAAAUUAAGUGAUGAAGAUAGAAAGGCUCAGCUGAAAUUACAUGGUGCGAAAGCAGUUUCACGAAUGGACUAUACUGGUGCUUCAAAAUUCUACACUGAGGCAAUCAUGUUGGACCCUGCUGAUGCAACAUUAUAUUCAAAUCGGAGCUUCUGCCAUCUGAAAAUUGGUGAAAAAAAGGAUGCUCUUGUCGAUGCUAAUGCUUGCAUAAGCCUGCGGCCUGAGUGGCCAAAGGGUUACUACCGUAAAGGAGCUGCCCACAUGUCCCUCAAGGAGUACAAAGAAGCACGUGAUGCAUUCAUGGAUGGGUUGAAACUGGAUCCUUCAAAUUUGGACAUACAAAAUGCUUACUGGGAGGCUGAUGAGGCAAUGAUCAAGAAACAUUCUGCUGGACAAAGUAUCUGGCCAUUUGCGUAGGGCUUGGGCUGAGUUACCUGCUGGUUUCAGAUGUCUCUUUUUGGAGUGGACGGAAGUUUCUUUUGUUCAUCACAAAUUUAUGUAUAUCAUCAGGAGAAAGUAGUACGCUCUUAUGGUUCCUUGCUAACCUCUGAAAUGGCAGUUUCUGUUGGUCGGACAUAGAGAGGGAUUUCUAAACAGUACCUGAACCUGCGCUUUUUGCCGUAACUUAAGAAACCAUAUUUGGCUUUUCUGUAAGCACCUUUCUGCUUGUGUGUUUGAAAAAUUGUUUGCAUUUAUCGUCAUGAA